GGGUCGUGUCGGGGAAGCAGCCUCCUCUCUCCGCCUCCGCUCGGCGAGGUUUCCCGGCUUCCUAAAGUGUCGCUUGAGAACCUGAAGUGGUCUGGAAUGAUGCUGUGGCCGAAUCCUCAGCCGUUUCUCCCCCUUUGCGAUGGAGUGGGACUGAGUCAGGUAAGCAGGAGGAUUCCUGGGAGAGGAGGACGGGGCCUGCCGGGGUGCCUUUGGUUCCAGGAUUAAUGGCCAAAUAUCUGUUUAAACAGACAAGAUUUAAGGCGUUUCCUUAGAAGUGAAAUACUGAAGGCACAAUUACAAGGAAGGGAAAAAAUGAAGAGAAAACUAAAGAAACCAGAAUGGAUGUUCAAAGAACUUUCAACGGAGCUAAGAUUUAAAAGGGACAUGUACAUGAAAUGGAAAGGGGAGGAUCACCAAAGAAUGUAAACGACUAAACAGCAUAAGCAUAAGUAGCAGAUCAUGAAGAAGGCCAUCUGGAAUCACUUAGAAAAAAUGCUGUAAUCACUGAAGGGCAAGAUGGGUUUCUCCAAAACAAGUCAUGCCAGACUAAUCUGUUUUUCAGUAGAGUUCCAAGCUUGGUAGAUGAAGGAAAUGCAGUGGGUGUAGCACAUCUUGCUUUCAGUAAGACCUUUGGAAAGGCCUCUCCUGGUUUUAUAAACAACUAGUAAAAAGUGGGCUGGAUAAUACUCCUGUUCAGUGGAUUUGUAAUGGUUUGAGUGACAACGGGUGGAGUGGGCCCAGUACUGCUCAACAUGCGUAUCUUAUUUUCAGAUGACAAAAAAUUAGCAAGCAUAGCUGACAGUCUAGAAGAUAGGAUCACAAUUCAAAAUGGCCUGAACAUGUUAGAGAGCUGGGCCAAAACUAACCCAAUUAAUGUCAACAAGAAUAUAUGUAGAGAAGUACACUUAGGCAGGAGAAAAAUGCCAUGCACAGGUACAGGAGGGGCAACACCUGACUUGACAAUCAUUCAUAUGAUGGGAUCUUGGAGUGUUAGAGGACUGCAAGUGGAACAUGAGCCAACAAUGUGAUGCAGCAGCUGAAAAGACAAUGGGAUUUUGGGCUGCAUCCCAAGGAAUAUUGUGUCUAGAUUCAGGGAAGUCAUGGCGACCUUCUUUCUGCUUUGGGGAGACCUCACCUGAAAUUACACUGUGUCCAGUUGUGGGCAUCACAAUAAAAUGGGGAACAUACCCUGAUUCCAUUUCUGAUUCUAUAUAUCAAUUAAGAAAUGGUUCUGACUGUGACCAACCCGUCGUCUCUACAAAGCUUACCUUUGUGGCAUGGAGGCCUUCGCCCUUUCCCUUUCAAGCAACCAGCAGGAAUGUAAGUUUACUUUAAAUUAUUUCUUGUCAUCAUUUUUCUUGAUAUCUCUCACGUGAGGAGGGAAUCUUUUCUUCUUCCGCCAGGGCCCAAUCGCCUUUGAGGACGUGGCUGUGGAUUUCUCCCUGGAGGAGUGGGUUCUCCUGAAUCCGGACCAGAAAGCCUUGCACAAGCAGGUCAUGGAGGAGAUGAAUGGGAUUGUGGACUCUCUCGUAGAUAACGGGGAAAAGAGCCAUGUAUGCACCAAAUACAGGAAACAUUUUGGACACAACUGGGGCCUUCGUCAACAGCAGCAAGCCCACAGAGAAGAUGGAGGUUCUGCCAAAGAAAGGCCUGACAAAUGCAGUGUGUGUGGGAGGUGUUUUACCCAAAAUAUGGCACUUGUGCUUCACAAGACACUCGAUGUUGGGAAAAGCCAUCUUAAAGGGAAAGUAUCUGCAAAAUGUGUGGUGAAACACAAAAAAUUUCACACAGGUCAGGAACCAUACAGAUGCCAAGAGUGUGGGAAGUGUUUUGCUUCCAGUUCAGCCUUGUUGAGCCACAAAAGACUCCACACAGGAGAGAAGCCAUACCAGUGCCAGGAGUGUGGGAAAUGUUUUGCUGACAGUUCAGCCUUGGUGAGCCACAAAAGACUCCACACAGGAGAGAAGCCAUACAAAUGCCAGGAGUGUGGGAAAUGUUUUGCUUCCAGUUCAAACUUGGUGAGCCACAAAAGACUCCACACAGGAGAGAAGCCAUACAAAUGCCAGGCGUGUGGGAAAUGUUUUGCUUCCAGUUCAGCCUUGGUGAGCCACAAAAGACUCCACACAGGAGAGAAGCCAUACAAAUGCCAGGAGUGUGGGAAAUGUUUUGCUUCCAGUUCAAACUUGGUGAGCCACAAAAGACUCCACACAGGAGAGAAGCCAUACAAAUGCCAGGCGUGUGGGAAAUGUUUUGCUUCCAGUUCAAACUUGGUGAGCCACAAAAGACUCCACACAGGAGAGAAGCCAUACAAAUGCCAGGCGUGUGGGAAAUGUUUUGCUUCCAGUUCAGCCUUGGUGAGCCACAAAAGACUCCACACAGGAGAGAAGCCAUACCAAUGCCAGGAGUGUGGGAAAUGUUUUACCGACAGUUCAGCCUUGUUGAACCAGGAGUGUAGGAAAUGUUUUGCUGACAGUUCAACCUUGGUGAAACACAAAAGACUCCACACAGUAGGGAAGCCAUACCAGUGCCAAGAGUGUGGGAAAUGUUUUGCUUCCAUUUCAGACUUGGUGAGGCACAAAAGAAGCCACACAGGAGAGAAGCCUUACAAAUGCCAUGAAUGUGGAAAAUGUUUUACUCGGACUUCAUCCCUUAACCAGCACCAGAGAACACAUACAGGCUAAAAAACAGCCACUGUGUGUAAAUGUCUGAUUUCAAACAGGACCCUUUGAGAAGUUCUGCGUCAGAUUUGGUGGAGUCCCCGUUCUUGUUAUUUGAACCUGUAAGUUGGAGGUCCUGUUCUCUGGAGCAGCAGAAAGCAAGCUCUGUGUGACAGUGUACAGAUGUGUGAGGGAAGAAUCUUUUUGAUCCCACCACACACACAGAUACCACCAAUUAUAAAGAUGUCUUAUGGAUGAUGAUUUUAAUUAAUUAUUUAUUUAAUUAUCUUCUUCGCUGCCACCAAUGGAGGAGAUGUCGGCAGAUGGCACUGGUUCUUUUUAUACCUUCUUUGUUUAUUUUACCUCAGAUGUUGAUAUUGCUUAACUUGGUAUAUAAUUGUGACAGAGACUUAGAUGGAAUUAAAUCAAAACAAGUUUAUUGCUUGAACAGAGCUUGAUGGUUUCUUAUAACUUUUUAAAGGCACUUAGCUUAAUGGUUACAAACAGAUAUGAGGUGUUCAAACUUUCAAAAUACUUCUUCCUCUCAGCUAAACUAAAACCUGAUCCUCCUGGAUCUACUGGGAUUAACUUUUCCCUAAUCCACAGCCUCUGUAAAUGACCCUAAACAAGUCCCCUAACUUGCUUAGUCUGGCCUAAUAGAGGUCUGUCCUUCUGGUUCCCUUCAGUCUUGAAACCAGACUGCUCCCUGUGAUUUAAAAUCACAGACUGUCCUUUUAUUUUAGACCUGACUCAAAUUCUUUUAUUUGAGUCACCCUGAUCCUCCACAUGAGAAUCAGUCUUCUUCCUGUGACUAAAAAUCACAGACUGAAACUGGGUUUUAAAACAUUCCCCUUUUCCUUUCCAAAUGGCGGUUGGCUCCGCCCCCGUUGUCAUAGCAGCCGGUUCUUCAAUGCUGGUAUUAACAGCUCUAAUACUCACCAUUUUAAAUUAACUAAACCUGACUGUUUAAACAAAUCAAAUAAACAUGUCAUCAUUAAACAAAAUAAAAUCAUACACUUCUUUACAGACAGUCCUUCAGAGCACUGGUCCUCAACCUGUGAGUCCCCAGAUGUUUUGGCCUUCAACUCCCAUAAAUCCUAAUAGCUGGUAAACUGGCUGGGAUUUCUGGGAGUUGUAGGCCAAAACACCUGGGGACCCACAGGUUGAGGACCACUGCUUCAGAGUGUUAAAUAUGAUUGUCUUGUCACCUCGUCUGAAAAGAAAUAAACCAUAUGUAAUUCCAUCAGUUGUUCCUUUGGUCUUAGUUUCCAGCUCCAUUUCCACCUUGGUUGCAAAUGUCCAGUUUUGAACGUUGUUUCCCUACAGAAACAUCCUCUGUUUUCCUCUUUAGUCGGGAGUGGUUAGCUUGAGAAAACUACAACUGGUGCUGAUGCUGAUCAGGACAGAGAUAAGAAGGCUAAAGCCAUAAUCAUAUUGUGCCUUCAACCCAAUCAGCUGGUGCAUGUGAGAAACAAAGUUUCCGCUAACGAAGUGUGGGAUUCUCUUAAAGCGGUGCAUCAGAGGGAAUCCUGUAUUUCACAGCUGAUAUGGACUAAGAGACUGUACAAUACUAAGCUAAAGAAGAGCCAGGAUGUUAAGCGGCACCUAGAUUUGAUGAAGCAGCUUUUUGUUGAAGCAGAGGUGUGUGGAGUUGAAUUUUCAGAGGCUCAGAAAUGCUUUGUACUACUGGCAAGUCUAUCAGAUGAGUGGGACUAUCUGAUCCAGUCGUUCCAAAGUUUGAGGGUCCAGGAUUUGUCACUGGACUUGGGUUGUUGUAAAGUCCUCGAGGAGCUGGACAAACAAAAGUUUGAAAAGUCCCAGAAGCAAGAGCAGCCCGAGUAUGUCCAGGAGGGGCGCAAGAGAUGGACUUCCAACCAGAUGGUGAUGGUGACAACCAAGAGACAUCUGUGUAUGGAGUCAAAACAAAGAAUGUUAUUCCUGUGGCCGAGGAGGCCAUAUCGCCAGGAAUUGUCCAGGUGCCAAGAAGAGGCCUUUCAGAGGGAGAUAUUAUUGUGGGAAAGGCGGAGGUGCAAAAUCAACAGCAUCUGCUGCCCAUGCUUUCAUGGCUGCCAGUGAUCCUGUUCAAGGGGAGAACAAGUGGUUCCUGGACUCUGGAGCAACUCAUCACAUUGUAAUAGAUCCAAAGAUGUGGAAGAACCUGAAGGAUACAACGGGUACAACUGUGACUUUGGCAGAUGGGACUGUGAGAACCAUCAAUAAGUGUGGGACUGCAUAUAUUUCUUGUUUGGGAGUUAAUUGGGAAUAUGUAAUUUGUGUUCCAGAUCUUAAGACCAAUUGGUUGAGUGUCGCAACAUUGACAGAAUGUGAUUAUGAUGUUUUAAAUGUUUUUAGUUUUUAAUGCCUUUUGUAUUAUAUUGCUGAUGUGAUGGCACUGUGUUGCCAAUUUGUAAGCCGCACUGAGUCCCCCAGGGGAGAAGGGCGGGGUAGAAAUACCGGAAAUAAAUAAAUAAAUAAAUAAAUUAUAAAGUUGUCUUUAAAGGAAUUUAUUGCUUUGUUUUGAAAAAAGGAAAAAUUGUGUGAAAAGGAGUUAAAAGAAACAAAUUGUUUCAAAUGAUUUGCAAAUUUGCAAAGAUGGUGCAGAGGUUUAUUAUGUAAAGAAACAAAUUGUGCAUGAUAGAUGCAUUCAUUAUCUGCACAGAGCAAUGGGACAUACUGAUGUCAAAGUGCUGAAUCAAAUGCUAAAUGUUUGCAUAGAUUUUGAAUGUGAGAAAUGUGACCAUCUGCUAGAUUGUGCAGUUUGUAAAGAGGUAAAGGUUAAACCAAUUCAGUUUUCAAAGAAAUCCAAAAUCAAAGUAGACAAAAUGUUUGAAAUUGUUCAUGUUCACCUGGCUGGACCAUUUAAUAAGAGUGAAGGAGGGUCUAGUUUUGCAUUGUUGCUGGUGGAAAGAUUAACCAGAUUUGCAUACAUUUAUUUUCUCAAGGAAAAAGGAAAAGAGAAUGGAGGUGUUGCGAUGAAAAAUUGCAUGAUGAAAGAUUCAGGUUGUUCUUCUAGAAUUUGGCCUGAAGCCCUGCACACGAGUAAUUUCAUUGUGAAUCGUUUGUGGAAUGAGUGUAUCAAAGAUUUUCCAUUUAAAAAGAUGUACAAUAAAGCUCCAAAUUUGAAGUAUGUAAAGGUUUUUGGUCAGUUUGCAAAUGUGCUCAUACCUGCUAGUCAAAGAACAAAAGGUGAGCCAAAGUGGCGCAGAUUGAGAUUUCUAGGAUUCUACAAAUAUAAGCUCAAGUUUCACAGCAGCCCAGGGAGAGUAAGAUACUCAAAAGUGGCAUAUUUUGAUAAGGAUGCAGGUUGGGAAAGACUGCACCUGAAUAAGGGGGUUCUAAAUGGUAGCUCAGAAGAAGCAGAAGUUCUGCGAAUGCAAAAGGUCAAAAACAGGUAGUUAAGGAGGAGAAGGUCUCCACUCCUGAGAAAGGAAAAGCACAAACACCACAAAAAGGACAGCAAACCACAAGGCUUCUGUUAAGAGAGAGAAAAAGCCAGUUUCAAACCUUCCGUUUUUGAGCAAGGUGAUUGAACGGACAGUGGCGGGACAGCUACAGCAAUUCUUAGAUGAGACUGUGGGCUUAGACCCCUUCCAAUCAGGCUUUCGUUCAGGUCAUGGGACAGAGACUGUCUUGGUAGCUAUUACUGACGAAAUUCGUCGUCAAUUAGACCGGGGCGGAUCAGCGCUAUUGGUACUCUUGGACCUUACAGCUGCAUUCGACACCGUGGGCCAUGACUUGCUGAUCCAUCGAUUGGCUAUGUCUGGUGUACGAGGUUUAGCUCUUCAAUGGUUCAAUUCAUUUCUCUGGGACCGGAGACAGAGGGUGGAGUGGUCAGGACAAAGCUCUGAGAGCUCCUGCCUUUGCUGUGGAGUUCCCCAGGGUGCUAUCCUUUUGCCCCUGUUAUUUAACAUGUACGUCCGACCACUUGCUGGACUCGUGCGGAGCUUUGGCCUAGAGUGCUACCAGUAUGCAGAUGAUACCCAGCUACUCUUGCGUCUCGAACCUGGGACAACCACGAUUCCUGAGAACUUUAAGCUGUGUUUGGAAGCAGUGAUGAGUUGGCUGCGAGCAAGUAGACUAAAAGUGAAUCCUGCGAAAACUGAGAUACUCUGGCCCGGCCAGACACCAGAGUUAACCCAGUCACUGCCUUAUUUCGAUGGGGAAGUUCUGGUUCCGUCUUGUGAUGCCUCAUGGGCCUUGUAGUCCUGUUCCUGGUACUAUCGUGGCAGAUGAAGAGGAAAACAUGGGGUUUUCGCCGGUUCAACAAGAGCUGGAGUCCCUUCACCUGCCGGAUGUUGAUGUUUGCCCUCAAGAAUUCAGUAAACCAGGCCUUGGGCAGUACUCCCCUCCGUUUCCCAGGAAGGAAUCUUAUUCUAGAGACAGAGGAGUUAGAGAAGCUAAUCGGAGAAGCUUAAGAAUCGCUGCCAAACAACUGGCUGAUUAGGUCUGCUUCCCUUGGGAAAUUCUAAGGAGUAAUGCAUCUGGACAGAGUGGGUUUCGCUUCUCGUUCUCUAGGGAAAGAGAUUGUUGGCGGGAAAACGAGACCCAAUAUAGGGGUUUGGCGCGAGAGAUUCUUUGCGGAGUCAAUUGAUCAGCUUCAGGAGAGAGAUCGUGUGUGGACUUCGUAACUCCAGUUCCUUGCUUCCCGGAUCAAGUUUUCGAGCCUUGCCUUGCCUUGCAGUUUAACCACGGACCCUGUUCCACGCUUCACGUUUUGCCUUGUUUCUAGUCACGGACCUAGUCAAGAAUCAAGUUUAUUUCCAGCCUUGUUGUCAAGCUUCAUUGGACUUCUAAGACUCUGACAUUUCCCCACACUAUUGCUUGGCAAGAGUGUGUGUUUCGGUCAAGUGGAUUAAAACUUUGAACUCUAAUAUCAUUUAUUGGACAAAACAUUUUUGGACUAUAUUUGACCUCUUUUGAAAGGUCUGUUUCUGAACUAUACUCUUCACUUGUUUUUAUUGCUUUUAUAUAUUUCUUUAAUAAAGAUAUUAGAUAGAGA